AUGGCUGAAGUGGGUAAUGGAGCCGUGAGGAGGGAGACAGCGGGCUUUAAAAGCACCAACAGCUGGAAGAGCAGAGGAGAAAGUGAAGAGGUGGAGGAGCUCGGAGUGUCUGAGCUGUCCGUGUACGAAGUGACAACUGUCUCUGCAAGAGCCAACGGCUGCGCAUUUCAAGACAUCAUCCUGGAGGCUCGCUACGGCUCUCAGCACCGCAAACAGCGCCGGAGCCGCACGGCCUUCACCGCACAGCAGCUGGAAGCGCUGGAGAAGACUUUCCAGAAGACCCACUACCCGGAUGUGGUGAUGAGGGAGCGGCUGGCCAUGUGCACCAACCUGCCCGAGGCCCGUGUGCAGGUUUGGUUCAAAAACCGCAGAGCCAAGUUUCGUAAGAAGCAGCGCAGCCUCCAGAAGGAGCAGCUCCAAAAGCAGAAGGAGGCAUCAGGGGAAGGAGGAAGUGAGAAGGAGGACACACCUCCCUCUACAACUAUCCUUCCUGACACCCAGCUCCCUCCUUCAUCCUCCUCCUCCUCCUCCUCUUCUCUGGAGACAGAGGGUCCUGUAGUCCGUCCCGUACCGCUGGACAUGGAGCUGAACGUCACGUCAGCAGAACACUCUGGCAGCGAGUCAGCGACGGAGGAUAAUGCGACUGAUAAGGAAGACGAGAGUAAAUCUCAGAGAGAGGAGGUGAAGUGUGAGAGAGCUAUGACUCCUGGGGACGUCUCUCCGGCUUGCAAAAGACUCAGCCCUAAACCAGACUCUCCCCUGGUCUCUCCGUCCGUGACCCCCUCUUCCUCCAGCGGUGGCCUGGCCAGCAGCGGCCCCCUCUCUCAGGGCCACUCUUACUCUUCCUCCCCUCUCAGCCUGUUUCGCCUGCAGGAGCAGUUUCGCCAGCACAUGGCUGCCACUAACAACCUGGUGCACUACCCUGCUUUUGACCUUUCUGCCCCAUCUUCUCUCCCCUACCUGGGGAUGAAUGUCAACAUGCCCCCCGCGCCGCUGGGCUCUCUGCCCUGCCAGUCUUACUACCAGUCCCUGUCCCAUCACGCUCAGCAGGUAUGGAACAGCCCGCUGCUGCAGGCGUCUGCUGCAGGCGGCCUCACCAGCCACAACAACAAGACCACCAGCAUCGAGAACCUGCGUCUGAGGGCCAAGCAGCAUGCUGCCUCACUGGGACUGGACACAAUGUCUAACUGA